UAGACAGUCGGUCGGUCAUUUUUAAUACAUUCAAAAAUGUGACGUUUUUUUAAAAAACUAAAUAUGUUCACAUACCAAAACAUAUCAUAUUUAUACGUGCUGGCGUGUAAUAUUUCCUGUAGAGUAAUGGGAAAAACACGCGCUUAUUAUUUGAUUCUUGUUUUAUUUUCCCCUCUUUUCGUGCUUGGAAAAAGCGACUUGCUAUUCGAGCGCUGCACUUCUGCAUCUGAUGAACAUAAGGAAAACUCGGAUCCAUUCUGUUAUGGAUUGAACCGCACCGACAAAAAUCUCUGCGCAGGAAUAAUCAACUGGGCGUCGUGCGUGAGGGAAGCCACGAAACACAUGGAAACGCCGGGUGCAAAAAUAACCAAGCCAGAGAGGACCCAAUUUCGAUACGACAGGUUUUCGAGAAGCUUUUGCUUCCAACCCCAGCUCGAAGUUGGAGAGUCCAUUCGCUCCUUUAGGGGAUUUGUGCUGAAUGAAGUGUACAUAGGCAAACAUCCCGAGCACGUUUUCACUCUCGGCUGCAUAUUCUACCCGGACUUCGAGAUUACGAGACAAAUUCUGAAUCGGACGUUUUGCUGCACAAAACUGCCACAAGAGUGGGAUCUAAAUGGUGACAUUUACUUCAAAGUGAACGGGAACUCGAUUCCCUACACCUUCGGAGAUCCACAGAUAUAUUCGGAUUAUAUCCCACUAUGGAGUCUAAUUCCUCCCCCGUUCUCGGAAAAAAGCCCGGACCCCCCUCCUAACGACCAUAUGCUGAAAUGGAUUCAUCUAGGAGUCAUUGUUCCAUUUAUUGCAUUAUUGCUAUGCAUAAUUUAUAUCGGUUGCAAGUGGGAUAUAUUCAUAACUUGUGGCUCAGUUGUUAACACAGCUUUUUGGAAAUGUAUCUCGAGCGUUGAGAGGCUUUUUAAUCGGAACAUGAGAGAAGGCGAAGACAAGGAAGAAUCUGAGUCAAAUGAGCUUCAGGCUGCCAUUGAAGAUGCACCACAAGCUGAUGAAGUUGAUGAAGAUACCGAACUCUAGCAGGUGACAACGAACAAAAAAAAACCGGAAGAGCUAAUAAAGAAAAAAACCGCCACUUUGAAAAGAAAGCCGAGAAGCUAGUGACUCAAAAGCUGAAGCCCUAGCAAAUAACAAAAACUGUUCCACGUUGAAAAUCGGUGGGCAUAACUGGUGCGUGCUUCUAAAAAAUCCUGAUUUUGACGACAUCGGAUGGCCCUGAAGUCCUAAUAGCAAAUGAAGACUUAAGUUAGAUAUUCUUGAAGUGUUAACACUCUGAUAUGAGCUUUAUAGGCCUUCAA